UGGGCUGGGCUGGGGCUUGUUGUCUCCCCUCCCCUGCCGCGUUCCCGCUCGCAGCCACGCAUCCGCUCAGACCCGGCUUGCAACUUGCACGGGGAGCAGCGGCAGGCGCGUGCCUGGCCUCGUGGCGCCCUUCCCGGGAUGACCAGCAACAGCCAGGACUGCGGGAAAGGGGACAGCUGUGAUUCUGGCAUUUCAUCUUGGGUAGGAAAAGAGGAUUAUGAAGAUGAAGAUCAAGAUUCUUCAGUAGAGAACCCGUCAGGCAAUGACAGUUCCAGCAGUGCCUCUGAAAGCAGUUCUGAGAAUGACUCAGACACAGAAGUAGAGGGAGAUGAAUCAACCAAGGAACAAGAAGACAAAGAGGACAAAACACCCGAGUCCAAUUGUGUUGAAGCAGAGGUUAACACCCAACAACACUGUGAGCAUUGCAGGAUUCGGCAAGGGCAGCAAGAGCAAGUAACUCCCAGGAGGUUUUCCAGAGGACAAUUCUUGUUGAAGCUGGAUGCUGAAGGAGUUUACCAGUGCGCUGUCACAGGCUUAAUCUUUGAAGUUAGCAAAGCUGCUACCAUUAAAUACUCCCUUUUGUCCUGGAGCAAGUAUUCCGAUUACAUUAAAGAGCCAUGGAUUGUUGGAGGCCCUAUAUUUGAUGUCACAUGUACACCAACUUCUGUCCUUGCCUCUAUUCAGUUUCCACAUACCCUUUGUCUGAAUGACCACCUAUCAGACACGACCUUCAAAGUGUUCCAUUUCAAAAAGGAUGGCCCAGAAUUUGAGGGUUCCGCUGAUCAUUCGGCCACACACGUCAAAUGGCAAGUGAGCUCACUGUCUCCUGUGGGACCAGUUCUUCAGAACCGUGAUCCAGUGUAUUACCACGGGGUGGUUCUUUUAUACAAAGUCAUCAGUGAUCACCCUUCCUUAUCAUUUCGUGUGUAUGUGGCAAGCAAUAAUGACUCAUUUAUAAAGGAUGUCUCAAAAGCAGUAAAACUUUCCAGUAAGAAAUUUAUUAAAAUUGAUAAACCGCCUUGUCAGAAAUUACUCCAGGACGGGAAGAAAUACAGAUUAAUUAGUGAACCAGAAGCUGAAAUAACCCCGGAGGAGAUUGUAUUUGCCGAUGACUCUCUCCUUAAAGUGAAAAGUUAUAUUGAGGUAUAUUUAGAACAGCCAAUGGAUUUUACACUAUCUUUGAUAGAACUGGAUUCUGAGGAAAUUGUUUGGAAAGCAAAGCUAAGGGAAUGUGACUGGAUCCAACAUAUGCAGAAUGACAAUGAAAAAAGAAGGCGCACUGGCUGCAUCAAAAGACGAAAAACUAGCAGCAGUCUGUCAGAAGAUGAGCCUUACAACAAGCAGGUGAAAUAUAACUAUAUUACAGAUGAAAAUCAAGCUAAAACGGUAUUAACUGAUAAGCAGCUGAUGAUCCUUGCGACAAAGAUGGGUAAAGACUGGAAGGUCAUUGGCAUUCAAUGUCUUAACUUAACCAUUGAAGAUAUCGAGCAGAUUGAAGCAAAAGAAGAAGACAUUAAUAUGUAUAAAUGCAAGAUGCUACGGAAAUGGAGGGAUUCAGAACAGAAUAAAGGAACUGCACAACAUUUAUAUGGUUGUCUUAAUGGUUCUGCAUCCCAUGAAGUAAUAGAAAUUCUGAAAGGGUUUUUGGAACGGACACAAGAUCAUGAAGAAACAACUUGAAAAAGAAGAAACACCGGGGAUAUUCUUUCUGUGCAGACUUUCCAAAUGGAUGAAAAAGAAUUCUGUUAUGAACUGCCAACUGUUUGAAAUUCCAGAGGGUUUCUGUGAAAUUAUAAGAUGUCUGGAAAAAUGGAACUGUGAACUGAUGUAAAUAGAAACAUUUUCAGAACUAUUACCGCCCUCUUGUGCUCAGCUAAGCAGCAGAUUUUUAUUCGUGGCAAUUUUUUACUCACAGCCAAACAAGGCUUUCCCAUUCCCCCCCCCCCCCUCCCAAUUUUCUAUGGAAAAAUGUGCUUGGACCUUUUCAUUCUAUCCAUUUGUCUUAAAGCAACUCACUCAUUCCAAAAGAAAAAAAUAUUUUAAUACACAACUGUGAAUAUACUUUUCCGCUUUCCACACACGAAGGCAUGAACAGCCUUCUCUUUGCUGUCUCUAUGGUAAGAUACUUCUUCUUGCCAGGCUUCCCUAGAGACUCCCAACUCUUUGCAAAAGUGGAGGGGAGAGAUCCUAAACUUCCACUUAGGAAUACUCAGUUGUAACCAACGAAUCCCCUCCUAAUUCUUCCUUGGAUGGAGAAAGACAAAGACCCAAACUGCAUCAUUCAGCAUUUCCAUUGUGAGAACAAUUUAGAAGCACCUGUGGAACCUGAUUUGAAUUGGGACCAUAGAGCCUGGGGAGGAGGAGCUCCUACCUCUCCUCAUGUGUAGUUCCCCUGUCCAAAAUGCCAUUGGGAGUGUUAUGUACCCCAGCGGGGAACUGCAUGUAUGCUGAAUGUUUUGCACAUGCAGACUCCUCAGUGCACAAAUAAUAACCCCAACUCUGUUUUGAGGAAGUUGUGUAUUGGGGGGUGAGUUGUGUGUUGGGGGGUGAGUUGUUGGGGGGUGAGUUGGAGCUCUUCUCUGUCCCCUACACACCCUGUGGUCCUGAUCCAAAUCAAACUGCUGCAGUUCUUCUAAACUUUAUUUCCUGGAAAGAACUUGCAGUUCUGUCCUUAGAGGGAGGGAGUUAUUGGAUCCAACUCAAUAUUUACAAUGCAAAGUACAUAUUGAGGAUACCAGCGAUUCCUAGAGCAGACUAGCAUCAGCCAACAACAUUUUGGCUGAUGGUGGUAGGAAAUGGGAGCCAGGGGUGGAGGUCCCCAGCCCCUAGUGGGAAGCAAGCAGCCCUAAUGCCUGGUGUUUCUUCAGAGCUUACUGUAGGCUCUAUAACAAUGAUAGACUAGUUUCUUGGAAGUUGAGGUGAUCUCCGUUGUACGCUUUCACUAUUUGUGACUGCAGGGUACUUUUUCAGGGCAUUCUUUCAGUUCAGUGAUGUCCCAACAUUCAGCUAGGCACUAUACUGCCAAUAUGUUUUCAGUCACAGCUGCCGUGAUCUCCAUCACAUUGUGGAGCAUGACGAGCCAUUGCCUUACCCUGCCUUUUACAGUCGCUGCCACAGCAUCUUUGCUUUCUACCUCUCAUCUCAUCACAAAAGUUUUAUUAGAAAUAUGAGCUAGAAACUGCUUUUAAAAAAAUCCUGGGAUUCCCAGCAAGCUGAGUUGGGUGCUUAAUAUGACAUGAUUGCUCAAGGGACAUCACGGUAUAGACAUAGUCCUAACUGGUAUCCAUAGCUUUUCCUCCCUGAGUUUUUGCUGUAGCUUUAUAACUUAACUGCAAAGUAAAUAACCCCACCCUCUGAAUGCAAUAUCAUUUGUCCUGUGCAUGCAUUCCAUUCAUUACAAAUCACUACAGUGCUAUUUAUGGCUAAACUAGACAUGGCAGCGGCCCCGUGGUCGCCAUAAGAAAUCCUGCUGCUAGAUUUAAUGCCAAGAUCCUGGCUGGGCCUACAGUACAGAGCUCUCAUUGUCCCCCUCCCCAGUGCCUUUUCAAGUGCCUAAACCAGGGGUCUUCAAACUAUGGCCCUCCAGAUGUUCAUAGACUACAAUUCCCAUGAGCCCUACCACUUGGCCAUGCUGGCAGGGGUUGAUGGGAAUUGUAGUCCAUGAACAUCUGGAGGGCCAUAGUUUGAAGACCCCUGGCCUAAACAGCAAUGUGUGUGCACAUUUCAAGAGCUGAUAAAGGGGGGGGGCACUUCAGUCCGCCAUUCUGUGCCCUCACAACAUUUUUUGUUCACUGUAAACUGGCCGUAGUGUCCUUCUGGCAGCCAUGGGGGGGGGGGGGGGCAACACUUCUAGUUCUGCCCUAAAUAAAGCACAGACAUGAGUGAUGCUCUGCAGCACUGUGAUCCAGCCACACCUCAUGGGUGUGAACUGUCACAAUUAUCUUAUUUAUGUCAACAGUUGCCUGUUCAAAGAUUACUACACCAUUCACAGAUUGCCAGUUUGAGCAGACGUUUUGUUUUGUUUAGCCAGGAUUCGUUCCAAAAUGCUGUGAAUCCCUUUUUUAAAAAGUAGAGUUACUUGAUCAUGAAGACAGCUUCGAUCAUACUGUGGCUGCCACUCAAAAGCUGGAGCCAACAGAUCACAGGCUUUUUGUGAAAUUGGCCUUUCUUGUAAAACACAUUCCAGUGUCCUACAGAUUUCUUUGAUGUCAUGUUGGUUUAAAUAUGAAUUGUUGUAUUUUAUAUUAAUUUUUUUACUUAAUUUAAAAUAAGCUUUGGGUGUAAAUAAAGUUUCAAUUUGAAGGGAAAAA